AUGGCAGAUUCUGCAGUGGGCUUGCGGCAUGCGUCCGGAGGCACCCCGCGGCAACCGACCCCCGCAUCGAUCUUGCCACAUUGGGCUCGGAGGUCCCACAUGGUGGCCAAACAACUCCAAGCUCCCUUGCUGAGCCGCACCUGGUACAGACGAAGCUUCUCCUACCAUCGUCACCGGCGUGGUGACGACCGAGAGAAUGUGAGCAGCCUGCAACAAACCCCACGGUCUUCCAGGUGCCCGGGGUCGCGGGCUGAGUCUUUGAGAAGCUGGACACGCAGUCGGGCGAAUUCCGAGCACAGCGUAGCACAGGCAGAGUCUAUGAGCAGGCACAGCCCGUUGCCCGAGCUGGAUGACAGCAAGGACUCAGGCGUUCAGGCCGUCCUUCUGGCCCGCGACCUCCAUUUGGAUUUACACGAAGUGAAGUUAUUGCUGCAGGAGCUCCGACAACAGUUGUCCAAGCAACCCUGGACGGGCAUGGAUUUGCUUGCUUUCGAAGGCUGCUUGCUUCAAACGCUGGGCAAGCUGGGCAUCGAGGAGGUUUCGGAAGAGUUGGUUCAGGACGCGUAUCGACGUUGCCAGGCAGCAGACGGACCUGUCUGUCCUCGGCAGUUCAUGUCCUGGUAUCGCGAUCACUUCUUUGCCAUCGGUCGCAAGCCCUGCGAAGAGCAGACCCCAAAGGACUUGAUCCUGGAGUUAGCCAAAAAGCAUCGCUGCUCAUGUAAUCAGCUUGACAAAAUAAAGCUGAAGUUCGACUCUUUCGACCUCGACAAGUCGGGGCUGAUUGAGUACAAAGAGUUCGAGGCGAUGAUGUGCAAGCUUCUUAACUGCCCCAACAAGUCUGACCUGCCGAUGAAGCGCAUGCCACGUUUCUGGCAAGAAUUGGACGCGGACGCGAGUGGCAGCGUGGAUUUCUCAGAGUUUAUAGUUUGGUACAUGAAGUAUUUCGCCCGCGCUGAGGACAGCGGCCCCGUCGAGGCAUUCUAUGCAUCCUUCUUGCCCGGUGUCAAGCACUUGCGCAGCUUGAGAGUCAAGUCUGCAGAGAGUUUGGAGGAAGCGAGCCCAGGGGCAGAGGGCGAACAGGAAAGUGAUGAGGAAAGUGAGGACUUGCUUCAUCUCCCAUGUGUGUGUCCCAUCGCCGGACGGCGUAAAACUGUCUAG